GGCACUAUAAAAGCGUCCGCCCCUUGCCUCUUUGAGACAAGACUUCCCGACCCGGCGGCUCCGGUACCAGGGUCCAGCCUGCGACUGCUCGUCCAGGCCCGGACGCUGGAUCAACACCUGUGACUUCACGUGCGCGCGCCUGCCACAUCUGUAGUCACACCUCUAGUCACCUUGACCAAGGAAUCCACUCUUAGGCAAGGUGGCUGCAAGCUGUCAAUCCACAUCUGUGACUCAACACCUGUAACAUCUGGGUCACACUUGUGACAUCUGGCCGCAGUACCUGUGGCCAAACCUGACACCAUCGUAACAAGAAGCGCAUCUUCUCCCCUCACCUGUGGUGAUCCCUGACCACUCCUCUGACCACAGCCUCUCCAAGUGAAGGGCCCACUCGCAUUCUCCCAGACUGUCCCCGUAGAAGAAGCUAUGGCUACAGAGUGGGGGACCCAGCGCGUGCUGUUCGGAGAGUGGCUUCUGGAUAAGGUCAGCAGCGGCCUGUACGAGGGGCUGCAGUGGCUGGACGACGCCCACACGGUCUUCCGCGUGCCCUGGAAGCAUUUCGCACGCAGGGAUCUGAGUGAGGCCGACGCGCUUAUCUUUAAGGCUUGGGCGAUGGCCAGAGGAAGGUGGCCACCCCGUGGAGGAGACCUGCCGCCCCCAGAGGCUGAGACUGCUGAGCGUGCGGGGUGGAAAACCAACUUCCGCUGUGCGCUUCGUAGCACGGGGCGCUUUGUUAUGGUGCAAGACAACUCUGGCGACUCUGUUGACCCGCACAAGGUGUAUGCACUCAGCCCUGAAGUGGGGUCGAGAGAAAGCUCAGCCAUGAAAAAGGUGGAGAAAGAAACACUCAGGGGCGCCCCACCCUCACAGGGUGGGCCCCAGAGGCAAUUCCUAACAGGAGAUGCUGAGCCCCAAGCCCCGAGCCCUGUGCCUGCUAGUGGCACUGAGGACCUCUUGCUCCAAGUUCUGAAGCACAGCCUCCUGGAGAACCACCUGCCUGAAGCUACGCAGGGGACAGAUCCAGUCCCCCCACAGGUUGCUGGCCCAGAGCAAGAGCAUACUUCGGAGGAGCCCUGCACAGCAUGGGCAGCAGAGGCUGUCCCCAACCCCAGGCCUCAGCACACAGCUCUGACAGAGCACAGCACGGGGCUCCUGGAUGUAACCAUCAUGUACAAGGGCCGCACGGUGCUGCAGGCAGUGAUGAGGCAACCCAGAUGUGUAUUCCUGUACAAUCCAGUGGGCUCACCCAUCUUGGCUCCAGAGCCACAGCAGGUGGUCUUCCCCAGCCCUGCUGAGCUGCCUGACCAGAAACAGGUGCUCUACACAGAGAGGCUUCUGCAACAUGUGGCUCCUGGCCUGAAGCUGGAGCUGCAGGGUCCAGUACUGUGGGCCCAACGCCAGGGCAGGUGCCAAGUAUACUGGGAGGUAGGCAGCCCCCUGGGCUCAGCAGGCUCCUCCACACCAGUGCAGCUGCUGGAGCGCAACUGCUACACCCGCAUCUUCGACUUCAGCACCUUUUUCCGAGAGCUGGGAGAGUUUCAGACCCGUCAGAGGCAAGGCUCGCCACACUAUACCAUCUACCUGGGCUUUGGGCAAGAUCUGUCCGCGGGGAGACCCAAGGAGAAGAACCUGAUCCUGGUGAAGCUGGAGCCGUGGUUAUGCAGGGCAUACCUAGAGGGUGUGCAGCGGGAAGGCGUAUCUUCCCUUGACAGCAGCAGUCUUGGCCUGUGCCUAUCUAGCACCAGCAGCCACUACGAUGACUUUGAACAUAUUCUCAUGGAGCUGGAGCAGUGGGCCUAGCCCAGAACCCCAGAUCCCAAUAAAGGAAGUCAAGAACCA